AUGCUUCUGCACAUAAGCACGGAUUAUCAUCACGUGGUUGAUGACUGUGAAGAGGCGUGGGUCGCGUGGGCGCGUUUGAAGACGCUGUACGGCGGGUCGCAGAAGGCUGGACGCAUCUACUUGAAGCGCCAGCUGUUCAGCAUGGAGAUGGCGGAAGGCGACAAUGUGAUGUGA